UCUAAUGGAGAAGUCGACAGGCCUGUGUUGUGUCAGAUUUCAGAGAGCAGCCAACAGAGGGCAGACAGCUAACAGCCUUCUGAAGCGAACAAAGUCCAAAUGUUGGUGUUUCAGACUCAGGCUGACCUCUGACGGGAUUCCCUUAAAGGUUGGAAGCCAAAUAAUAAACUACAGGAGGAAAUAACACUGCUGUUAGCCUGGGAAAUGUUUCCGCUGGAACAUGGAGCGAGUAUUCCCACCUGACAACAAGAACAGAGAGACCGGUGAAAUGGAGGAGGACGUUGAAGGUACCUGGGGCGAAGAGCUCCGACUAGUCCUUGUCGGAAAGACCGGGUCUGGAAAAAGUGCGUCUGGAAACACCAUCCUGGGCUGCAGGCAGUUCCUGUCGCAGAUCAGUGCCAGCUCUGUCACCCAGAUCUGUGAGCUGGGCAUUGCUUCAAUGGAAGAAGACGCAGAGCAGGAAGGCAACACUGUCCCGCGGAGGAGGAAGAUAAUGGUGGUUGACAUGCCAGGGUUUGGUGACACUCACCUGAGUGUGGAGCAGACCCACGCAGAGAUAGCCAAAUGUGUGUCUCUGUCAGCUCCCGGUCCACACGCAUUCCUCCUCGUGGUCCCAGUCGGACGCUACACAGACAAUGAGAACCAGGCGGUCUGCCAGUUGGGUGACAUAUUUGGAGCCGACGCGGUCUCAAACCACACUGUAGUUCUGUUUACCAGGGGGGACGAUCUGGACGGGGUUGGGAUCGAAAAGUACCUCAGAGAGACGGCACCUGAUGGACUUAAAGCCCUCAUUGAGAGGUGUGGGGGUAGAUACCAUGUACUCAACAACAGAGAGCCAAAUAACUCGGAGCAGGUUAGAGAGCUGGUGAGGAAGGUGGAUGAAAUGGUCAAGCAGAACAACGGAGGGUUUUAUACCAGUGCGGUGUUUCUAGAGGCAGAGGCUGCUAUCACAGAGGAGCAGAACAGGAUGUUGAGGGAGCGAGGGCAAGCAGAGGGGGAAGAGGGAUUGGAGGGAUUGAACAGUAGCAAAGUUGCAAAACGAAGAAAGUGUGAGUUGCAGUCGGAUGGGGGUGAUAAGGAUUUUAGGGUUGAGAGAUGGACGGAGGAAAGCAGGAGGAACCCCUUCCGACUCCUCAGAGACCGGUUCAGAGGCAGGAAUCAGGGCAUGGGCAGGAUGAGACAGGCUAAACAUUCAUCCUUGAGCCGCCUGAGGAGGGAAGCCGCUCUGUCUGCUAAAGUGCUGGACAGGCUGAAGAUCCUGGUGGCUGCCGGGGCAACAGGCAUGGCGGUGGGGGCCAUGUUUGGGGCGGCUGCACCUCUGGCGGCGGCAGCAGGGGCCUCUCUCGUAGGGAACUCUGUUGGUUUUGCCGCGGGACAGAUGGCAGGGAUGUCUGUAGCUGGAGGUACCAGUGUUGGGAAAGCGGUUGGGGCCAUAGUGGCGGCGGCCUCUGGAAAAACAGCAGUGGCUCUUGGGGCGGCGACGGGAGGGGUCCUGGGCGGCUCAGUGGGAAUUGUCGCUGGCGGCGAGGCCACGAGUUCCCAGGAGGGCGUUUUAGAUGCCCUGGGCCAGGUGAGCGUGAUAGGAGCCUCUGCUGUGGGAGUGGCAGCUGGAGUGGGGUGUGCCAUGGGAGCUGGAGCCGCUUUGGGUGCAGCUGUGGAGGGAGCAGCGGCCCUCGGUGGAGCAGAAACUGCGGUGGCUUCUGCAGGAGGCGGAGCUGCAGGAGCUCUUCUGUGCUCCGCAGCCUUAGCUCCAAGUGUCCCACCGGGGGCUGUGUGUGAAGUAGCGGGGCCUGCGUCGGCGCACUGGGGUACUGUGGCAGCAACCACUCGGAUCUUAAACGCAGUGGCUGAGAUCGGAAAAGCGGCAGCAGGUAUUGCUCUGGCUGGUGGUUUGGUAGUGAAGGUGGUGAAGGAGAAAGUGAGAUCUGGUACCAGCACUCAAGAGGCCAGUUAUUCAGAGAGAAAGUCAUAUGAAGUCUACUGGAACAAAUAAACUGGGACUUAAUCUAGAGUGCAAAGCCUGUAAAUUAGAUCAUCUUCAUGUAACUGUCCAUUGUGAUGCAGUGGGAUAUAGUGUAGCCUCAUAUUUCAUACGAAUUAAAAGAUCCAGCAUUUCAUUGAAAAGAUAAAAAAAGGGAAACGGAAAAUCUCGACUGCAGUCCUGAAAUCCGCUUUUCUGUUUUUUGCACCAUUUCUUGUGCCUCUGCUCCUUCCACUGGAACCAAAAGCAAUUACAUUAUUUUUAGUAGUAGUAGUAGAGGUGACAUCACACCCGCUGUAGUAAAUGAUGAAAUAAUUACACAGUUGGUGUAAUAAACCAGCUUUUGCAACCUAUAUUAGCAAAGAGCGCUGCUAGCAGUAAAAACAGCUUACAUACUUUUCUUAACUCUGAGAUAUCCAAAAGGCUGCCACCAUUUCUGCAUCCAGAAUUGUUAAUAAUACAGGGUACAAAA